AUGGCAGCAAACAACCUGGCUAAGAUGAUUUCUUUCGCACAACAGAAUGGUUUGAUUACUGGUUUGGCCAGUAACUUGAUAGAUAAAGGAGUGGCUGUUUUACAAUAUGGAGAUGACAUCGUCCUUUUGAUUCAAGAUAGUGAAGAACAAGCUGUCAACUUGAAACUCCCGCUGUAUAUUUUUGAAGCCAUGUUAGACUUUGAGAAAAGUGAAGUGAUGAAGGUUCUAGAGGAUGACAUUAAGGCACAAGAAGUGACGAAGGUUCUAGAGGAUGACAUUAAGGCACAUGAUUUUGCUGCUCUGCUCAAUUGCCAGCAAGGAGUUUGGCCCAUAAAAUACUUGGGAUUUCUUGCUGACCCGGCGAAAUGCCGUUUGCUGAAUGUCGAUGCAAAGAGAGAACUUCUCAGUGAAUUGUCAAAGUCUCCAGAUAGGGCACUUGAACUGCUGCAAGAAUGGAGACGCCGUGAUAUUAUGCAGAUUUUCUGUUCUGAAUUCUGUAAAGACAGAAAAUAUCGAGGGACAUCAAAACAGGAUAUACUACAUUAUCUAUUCAAUGCUGUUAAUGGGAAGUCAUGUGCCCGUGGGAAAUGUAGCCAUGGGAAAUAUAUGAAGAGAUCAGGCCCUGAGCCAAACUCAAGUGACAUCCAGUUGCCUUACAAAAGACGGAAAAAAUGUGAUGUUCCAGCACUUCCAGUUAUUGCAAGCACUCCAGUUACAGAUGGUAUAAUUGUACCAACAAACAAUGCAAACCUUUGUGAACAUUCAGCUUGUAGGGCUAAUCUUGUUCCAGAAGAUAAAUUUUGCAAACGUUGCUCAUGCUGCAUUUGUUUGAAGUACGAUGAAAACAAAGAUCCUAGCCUCUGGCUGUUCUGCAAUUCAGACCAACCCUUGCAGGAAGAGUCGUGUGGUUUGUCAUGCCACCUAGAAUGUGCAUUUAAGGAUGAAAGAUCUGGCAUUCUGCAGAAUGGACAGUCAAAGAAACUUGAUGGUUGUUAUUACUGCACCCACUGUGGGAAACAAAAUGAUUUGCUUGGGUGCUGGAAGAGACAACUGUUGAUAGCAAAAGAUGCUCGGCGGUUGGAUGUCUUGUGCCAUCGGAUAUUACUUAGUCAUAAGAUCCUCAUUUCCACUAAGAAGUACUUGGUCCUCCAUGAGGUUGUGGAUACAGCAAUGAAGAUGCUGGAGGGUGAGCUUGGUCCGAUUACUGGCCUUCCAGGUAAGGGUCGGGGAAUUGUUGACCAUCUUCCUGUAGGUGCUGCAGUUCAGAAGCUUUGUACCCGUGCCAUAGAAACUCUGGAAUCCAUGUUAAAUGGCGCAUUAGCUGUUGAUUCACAAAUUCAGAGUUCUCGUAUGGUACCAUCAGACUUCAUAAAGCUUGAGGAUAUAUCCCAUGAAUCUGUUACUGUAGCUUUUGACUUGGAUGUAUGCUCCAUGCUCUCUCAAGGUUUAACUGGCUUUAACUUGUGGCACCGGAAGGCUAGUGAAGAAGAUUAUCCUUCAAACCUAACAGGCAUAAUACCGAUGACAUCAAGAAUGUUAGUGGUCAGAGGACUUGCUCCAUGUACGUCUUAUGUCAUCAAGGUUGUUGCAUUCACCGUCUCAAAGAAGAUUGGGUCGUGGGAAGUCAGGACAAAUACCAUUGGCUGUCCUAAGGGGCUGGAUGCAAAAGAUUCAAUGCCAGUGGAUGUUGGAAAAGAUCCAAAUAACAAAAGCGUGAAGGCAAAAGGUAGUGGUCUGUCCAAUGCUUCUUCAGAAGGUGUGGAAUCAGAAGAAGUCAGUACUGAUCAUGCUGAUCUCAAUGAUUUGUUAGAAACUGAUAUUGGACGUUAUAAAAGUCUUGAUAUCCUUUACUCACUAAAGGCGCCUCAUUACUGCAAUGAAACCACUAGUUACUCUCAAGAUCGAAAAUUACAUGUUGCUGGGGUAACCAAAGUUGAUGGGCCGGAUGAAACUCCUAGGGUACAGGCAUCAGCUUUGGAUGACAACAAAGAAGAACCUGGUUCAGCUGCUCAAGCAGUUUCACUAAUGAGACCCAGAGAGUUAAUGGCGUGUAGUCAGAGAGCUUUGAAGACAAACGUGGGAAAGAUUGGUUCAAAAAUUGCAUCAGUUGCACACACUGGAAUCAAGUUGGUUGCUCCACCUGAAUACAAGGGCUCAUUGCUACACGUCAUCCGGAAAGAGAGUAAAAACUGCAAGAGGGUUUCUCGAAUGAGCUUUGAAGCCAAAUCUGGUGAUCAUGUUCCUCAAGAUGACAGUUCCAAGACUGAAACAGACCCAGGGUGUUUGUCAUGCAAAAGCACACCAGGGAGAAUUGAUGAUGGUGGGCACAAGGAUGGACCUUCAGAACCUAACACAUCUGCUCAAGUAACGUCUCUUGCGAAGUCCUCAAACUUGGUGCCUCACAAGCAGGGGAUUUUAUUGGAGAAGGCACCUGGUUCACCGGCUCCAAGAACAGGGAAUGGCUUUAUAUCUAGCAAUGAUGACCAUGUUCCUCAUCCUGGCCCUCUGAAAUCUGGAACAGAACCAUGGAGUCCAUCGAGCAGUAACCCCUCAGGGAAACCUGAUGACAUCGAGAGAACCGAUGAAAAUGCUUACGUAGUCUGUGUCAACGUGGUCAGGCGGCUGGAAUGCGAGGGUCACGUCGAGGCUAACUUCAGAGUGAAGUUCUUGACAUGGUUGAGCCUACGAGCGACUCGACGUGAAAAGAAGAUAGUUAAUGUGUUCGUGGACACUUUCGUUGACGACCCCGCGAGCCUUGCCGGCCAGCUACGCGACACCUUCUCAGAGGCAAUCUACACCAAGAGGCUACCUAUAGAGCCAUAGUGUCUGUGCAUGCAACUUAAGCGCUGACAGUAGAGGACUUAUUUUUUGCGUGGAAAGAUGAAGGGAGUUGCCAUCAUCCCACUUUUAGAGGAUAUACCGCUGAUUUAUUAGCUGACUCUUGCAUCAAUUUCUCACUGGAACC